CGGGUUCAUGACAUGCCUGAAACAGAUGGCAGCCGUGUAGCCUGCACGAAAUGGGAUAAAACAUUUUGAGCCCACGUGGAAAAUCGUGGAGAGGUGAAGCAGGUGAAGCCGGUAAAGCCACAGGAUUGUGGUAUGGCCUUCGCACUUUCCAUCACCGCACUUGCAGCACUUCCAGCACUUGCAGCACCGCAAGAAUGCGACCAGGAUUUGUGCCAUAUUUCCCAUCUGCAAUUGCAGGUCACAGGCAUUCCAAAUGCAACGAAUUGGGCUGCGCUUGGCGGCGUGUGCCUUGCUGUGCAGUGUGCUGCAAGCUGCGAGACAUGCAGCCUUACUUUGAAGUUUAUCAGCAGGAAACUGCGGUCCCGAUUUUCAAGAACGCAACGCCCAAAACGCUCCGCUUUCCCAAUGGCUCGCUGCUGACCCUUCGUGACUAUGUCUACCCAAUGGUGGGCAUUUACUGUUACCUGAACGGCUAUUACGACAUGGACCGCAAAAAGUUGGUGAAUGAUUAUGAGUAUGUUGAGAAGAUCUCAGAAGCACAAUGUGCAAGUGUAGAAUGGCAGAAUUCUGAUUUGUCAAUGCAGGGCAUGUUUGUCCAAUAUCUGCAUGAAUCGGAGAUUUUUGCACUCCCAAUGGCUGAGAAGGGCAUUUCUGAUGUGAACCAGUCGUUGGUGGACAGUUUAGAAGCCCACUUCGUGGUGAAGUGUUUGUUGGGCCGCAGCCACGAAGCCAUUUGCGACAUCCCGGAGUGUGCCUGGCGGGGCUGUGUCACGCACGUGUCGCGUAUCGACGGAACGAAGGACGCGACGGAGACCAUUGUGAAGUACACCUCGUUGAACGAAUGUCCCGAGCUCUGAAGGUGAAAGAGCUGUGAAAGAGAUCUGUUUCAGAGAUCGAAACAUCGAAAUCUGUCUGACAGCGAGAUUGAUUUUAGACUAGGCCAAGAGAUCGAAAGAUUUUUUUCAAAGAAAUCAUCACAGAUAGAUCACGGAUAGAUCGGAAUCCUGUUUCACCUUUCUUUCACCCAAAGAAAUCGUGGAAAA